CCAAUGGAAGAGAGUCAGAAACAAGGGAAGGAGGCGGUACCAGAUCCUGAACAUCUUUGGUUCUUCCAUUCGCUAGAAAUUUUCAAUUUCUGGUUCAUUCGAGACCACCACCACCAGGCCGCGACCCGCUCGGCGAACUGCGACCCUCUCUAUCUGUAAAAAAUAAUGGCCUACCGGUAUAAAGGUAGGCAGGAAACAAGCACCCGAGGCAACCAGCCAAAUGAGAAAGAUCAGGACUUUAUUGUACAGGCAUAUCAGGAUUCACUAGUUGAUGAUCUAGCCGAGGAAUUUCGACUGCCAAUUAAUCACAGGCCAACGGAAAAUGUCAAUCUGGAAAAUGUGGAACAAGCAUCAUUGGACACACACAUAGCAUCAUCUAACAUUGGUUUUAGGCUUCUCCAAAAGAUGGGGUGGAAAGGGAAGGGGCUUGGGAAGGAUGAGCAAGGAAUCACUGAGCCAAUAAAAUCUGGGAUUAGAGAUCCAAAAUUAGGAGUUGGAAAACAAGAGGAAGAUGAUUAUUUUACAGCAGAAGAAAAUAUCCAGAGAAGAAAACUUGAUGUUGAAAUUGAAGAGACUGAGGAACAUGCAAAGAAGCGGGAGGUGUUAGCAGAACGUGAGCAGAAAAUUCAAACUGAGGUGAAAGAAAUACACAAGGUGUUCUACUGUGAUCUUUGCAACAAACAAUACAAGUUGGCUGUGGAAUUUGAAGCUCACUUGAGCUCAUAUGAUCACAAUCACAGAAAGCGUUUUAAAGAAAUGAAAGAAAUGCAUGGUUCCAGUAGUCGGGAUGAUCGCCAGAAACGAGAGCAGCAGCGUCAGGAAAAGGAAAUGGCAAAGUUUGUUCAGAUUGCGGACGCUAGGAAGCAGCAGCAGCAGCAAGAAGAAGAAUCUGGGUCAGCCCCGGGUUCCACUGAACUGACAAGUGCUACUACACUUGCAGACCAGGAUCAACGGAAGGCUUUGAAAUUUGGGUUUUCUUCUAAAGGUGGCACGUCUAAGAGCUCGUUCGGUAGUGUUGCAAAGAAGCCAAAAGUUCCUGUGGCCUCAGUGUUUGGAAAUGAUAGCGAUGAAGAAUAAGUGACAGCGCCACUGUAACCAGCCAUCAGCUUUGUACCGUAUAAAGUUUGCAUUGCCUUCGCAAUUAUGUAGUUUAUGUGACCUACACCCACAGUUAUAGACAUUUGUGAUUCACGAGAUGAAACAUCGUGUUUUUAUAGCCCAAUCCAAGUCAAAAACAUUGAUGCUUAUGAAUGAUUGGUUUGUAAAGAUUAUUUGUUAUGAUAAGUUGACUAUUGUUUAUGAAAGUA